AUGCCCUGUGAUGGAUCCAUGGAGGGCGAGGAGGGUAAUGUCUCGAGCUCAUUAUUGACGGUUUGGUUGACUUUCGUUGGCGAGGUAGGCUGCGGUUGGGGUUGGGCUAUUGGACCGAUUUGCUCCUCUCUAUUAAUGUUUUGUGGAUGGAAACAUGUGGAUCAAUCAAAACUAUACACCUUUUACGGCAUCGCCAUGAAAUGCCUGGUCACUUUACAUUUCUCCACAAUCGUGUGGGAUAUGAUAGACGAACGUAACGAUUUUGUUACAGUUGGUGAAAGUUUUUGUAUGGCCUCUGGGAUUGGUUUGGUGUUGUAUAAAAUGAUCUACCAUUAUUUUUACGGUGCUGAAUUUGAGGCAAUUUUCAUUAAACUUCAGCAGUAUCACAACGAAAACAACUCACGUCAUAAAAGCAUAAUGGACAUGCAGAGAUAUUAUUUUAUUGAGGAAUGUUUCAUUCUUGUCGGGUUUUGUUUUAUCGGAUUAUCGCUGGAGUUAGCGUUCUUAGCACAUACAUUUUUAGACAGUACUCUUCCUAUACGGGCAAAAUAUCCUUUCGACUUCUCGUCGACCUACGCUGUUACGGCUCUGUCAAUUUUCCAAAUGUUGAUGUGCGUCUACGUGAUCCACGGUAUUGUGUUCAUCGAUGGAAUAGGUGGACAAAUUAUGAGUCAGAUGUCGUUACAGUUUGAUAUAAUUGCGAAAGAACUGUCAGGAGGAGAUUACUCAACGAGAAAUCAAGACGAUAUUGUUCGAUUCAACCAAAUCAUCGAGAGGCAUCAAGAGCUUAUAAGGAUCCUUGGUGAAUGGAAACAUGUCAAUCAAUCAAAACUAUACACCAUCUACGGAUUCGUGAUGAGAUGUUUGAUUGCAUUUCAUUUUUCAUCUAUUUUAUGGGAUAUUCUUGAAACCCGUAAUGAUUUCGUCGCUCUUGGUGAAGGUUUGUGUAUGGUUGCUGGAGUCGGUUUGGUGAUUUAUAAGAUGGGCUACCAUUAUGUCUACAGUGUUGAAUUUGAAGCAAUUUUCUACAAACUUCAAAGAUACCAUAAGGAAAAUAAUGAGCGAAACAAAAUCGCAAUGGACAUACAGAGAUAUUAUUUUCUUGAGGAAUGCAUUAUUCUUAUCCUGACUGUGUUCUGUGGGCUAUCGUUGGAGCUGGCUAUGUUAGGGCAUACAUUUAUCGAUGGCACUCUUCCCAUUCGAGCGAAAUAUCCUUUCGAAUUUUCCUCUGUGUAUGCUUUAACGAUAUUAUCAACUUUUCAAAUGAUGAUGUGCGUCUACAUAAUCCAUGGCAUCGUGUUCAUCGAUGGGAUAGGUGGCCAAAUUAUGAGUCAGAUGUCACUGCAGUUUGAAAUAAUUGCUGAUGAUUUACUACGGAACGAUUUCAGAACAGAAAAUCGAGAUAGUAUUGUUCGAUUUAGCACAAUCAUCGACAAGCAUCAGGAACUUAUAGCAUUGGGCUACCAGAUCAAUGCUUUAUACCAACCUCUGCUUCUAGCUCAAAUGGCCUGUAGUUUAUCAAUGAUUUGUCUGACAGCUUUCGAAGCAACUUUGACGAUUGGUGACCAUCUAAUGUUUAUGAAAUUUUUCGUUUACUGCAUAUGUGCCUUUGUCCAAAUAUUUUACUGGUGCUAUUACGGAGAUCGAGUUUCGUUCAAGUCUACAUCCGUGCACGAUGCACUGAUUCAGCUUGAUUGGGUGGGUGGUGACCAGAUUUUCAAGAAAAACUACUGCAUCACUCUAAUCAGAGGUCAAGCUCCAUUCCAGUUCAAAGUCUAUGGGUAUUUUCCAGUUUCGUUCACGACGUUCAUAUCGAUUAUGAGCAAAUCAUACUCCUUUUUCACAUUGUUUCAGUCCUUUGAAGGAUGAAAACACCUUAAAUGCAAUCUCAUGCAAAUGAAAAAAAAUGCGGUACUAUGUUUGACAAAACUGUUUUAAAAACUUGAUCCCUC